ACACUUACAGAAAAAAAGAGAAAAGGCACAAAAUAAACACAAAAUAUGAUGAUGGAAAUACUAAUAGUAAUUAGUUGAUUGACUACUUCGCCCACCAUCUUAUCCUUAUAGCUUCAUAAUCAUGGGAAGUUUAGUAACAAACAAACUAAGCUCACUUUUGCUCAUAAUUUAAUUGAAUUAACUUUGACUCAUUUGAUUCCUUGCAAUAUCAAAUAACUUUAUAUCUCUCUUAACGACCCUUCUUUUCCCAGCCGCUGUUUCUUUUGUUUUUGCCUUGUUAGCCAACAAAAAGCCUUAAGCCUUUUCUUCAAUUCAUUUCAACUCUUUGUUUUUAUUAUCAAGUGUCUUCUUUUAAUUUAAUUUAAUUAUUUGAAAUAUUGAUCGUGAAUUGGUAACAUCAUUAGUUAAAGAUGGAAAAAUCAGCUAAAUUUGAAAGAAGUGCAAAUUACGAACAGCGUAAUAAAACAAUUGUAAAAUCGUCAACAUCAAACCCUUAUAGUUCGGCUAAGGAGUACAGUUACAACAACAACAACAAUAAUAAUGAAUAUAAAUCAAAACAUUUCGAGGUUGAUGUGCGUAAAAAAGAUGAUGAGAUUGUUCCUGUUUCUAAAGAUGAGGAAUGGACUAAAUCAAAGAAGGUAAUCAAUCACAAGACUCGGCAGAUUGAGACUCGCAUUCAAAGACAAAUUGUUAUGGAAGAUGGAAAAGUAAUUGCUGAUAGUGGGCCUCAAAUUACUCAACGAACUAAGGAAGACGUUAAAACUGAAGAGCUUGAAGCAUCAAAUAAAAAAGGUGGUAAAGGCGAUGAUAAUAGUUUGGACAAAUUUUCUGAGGGUUACAAGGCCUUGCCUGGUGAAUCUGUUAUCUCUGAAAAGGUUGAAACACGUAACACAACUCGGGAAGCAAGACAAGAGCAAUUACAAUAUCAUGAUGAAUCUAUUAAAGAGUUGACUGGCUAUGAUAUUCAUAGGAAGGCAUUGGCAUCACCAAAUGAACUUAUUCAACUUGAUGAGGGGGAAAUUGAUUCGGAUCGACCUCGUGGGAAACUUAUUCAUUAUGCUGCUAAAUCAAAGAAAUUUGCUGAUCGAGAAGAGAUGAAAGAAGUUUCAAAGAAACAAAGAGAUGGAACAAUAACAACUGAAAAGACGAAAACUCAUCAUCACGAAGAGGUUGAUGAUGAUGAGCUACCUGAAGAUCAGAUUAACUUAUCAAGUUUACCGGAGGCCUCGAAAGAAACUACAAAAGAGAUUCAAUACCAUAAAGAUUGGAAGGAUUCACUUAAUAGAACCAGUCAAUCAAAAUAUUCUGUUGAAAAUGAUAAGAGAAAUGAUAGUCACAGCAGAUAUUCAAGUACGGAACGACAAUCAGACUUAUAUGAAAAAGAUCGUUCAUCACAAUUUAAUAGAUCACAAGAAAGAGAAAUGAGCUUCGGUAGAGACGAAAAAUAUACCAAUGAGAAGACCGCUUCACCUCGAUACUCGCCUGAUUCGCUGAAAAGACAGUCACCUAUUGGUGGUAUGAGAUCUACAUAUGACAAAUAUGAUGCUAAUUACUCUGUCAAUGAUCGAUAUCAAUCCCAGUUGAAUCGGCGAGAUGAAUCAAGAUAUUCAAAUAGAAGUGUAGCUUCUUCAUUGAAAGAGAAACCAUUUAAAGAAGAUGCUUCUGUUCAAGCUUCAUUCUCAGAGGAUUCCAGUGACGAUGAAGCUUAUGGACGAACCUCAUCAAGGAAUAGGAAACAUGAAACUGAAACUCGAUCACACAAAAUCAAGGUUGACUCAAGUUCUCAAGGAAUGAGCAGCACCGAUAGACCAAAAGGAACAUACUAUUUUGGACAAGAAAAUAAAGAACCAAGGAAAUCAUAUCUAGAAACGAGCUCUGAAUGUGCAACUGGGAAAAAAUAUGAAUCUAAAACUGAUCAUCGGGAGCGUGAAGAGUUGCGAUCAAUGAGAAACGAAGAAAGAAAAACUCAUUCAUCAAUGAGUCGCUCAUCUUCAGCAAUGGAGAGAACAAACAAUGACUCAGUUGAUUGGUUUAAUUCACUUGAUGCACAAACCUUGAUGAACGAUCUUGAACGUGAAUGUCGUACUGAAUUACCAGUAAGAGACACUUCAAAUUCAUCAACCAACCGUCGUCCUCGAGAAGAUGAUAGUGCAAAUGCUCGAACAACAACAUCUGGCGAAAUUAAAGGCAAUGUUAAACACGAAUACAAAUCAACUGCUAAUGGUCAAGUGAUUAGUGAUACUUCUCGGAAUGAAGCAUUUCAACGAUCAUUUAAUAGUCCAGAAGAAAGGAAAGAUGCAACUCGCUCAUUCAAUCAACUUAUGGAUGACACUUUUGGAAAAUCUUCUCGAGAUUCAAUGUCACCAUUAUUGUAUGAUGGUUCCAUUCGUCAUAUACCAAUUGAGAGACAAGAUUCUGGCAGACAAACAAGUCAAUCUCGUUCAUCUUCAGCUGCUCGCGAUUACAACUCAUCAAAUCGUCGAUUAUAUGAUUCUUUUAGAACUGAUAGUCCAAGUAGAUCAUCUGAUCGUUUACGAUACUCUGAUAAAUCUCCAAGUAGAUCAUCUGAUUAUUUACGGUAUUCCGAUAAAUCUCCAAGUCGAUCACCUGAGAGACGAGGCACUUUUACUAAAUCAAGAGCUUCACCGACAAUCACCAGGAGCUCACCGACAAACACUAAAACUAAUGCUGACCUUUGGUCUGAAUUUGAACCUUAUUCAAGUGAAUCUUUAAGAAAAUCCAAACACACAGAUUAUGCUGAUAAAAAUUAUUCAACAGCUAAAGAUUCUUACUCAAGAUCUUACAAUUCUUCGCGUAAAACAAAUUAUUAAGAAUGCAUUAGAAUGCAGACCUCACUGAUUGCAGUGAAUAAAACGACUUAUUAAUUAUUGUUCAACUUUAACCUCAAACAGAGAUUAUUUCUAAUACUCUCUUUUUUCCCUAAUGAAUAUCUCAAUUUGUUUGCAAUUCACAAUUAACUAGUAAUUUUAUGAAUCUCUACAUUCGUUAAAUCAAUAAAAUCCGAUUGCUUCGACAAAAAAUUGAGUUUCUUCAAUUUUUGAAUUUGUC